UGUUAUAUAUAUCAUGCAACAUAAAGCCCCUUUUCCCCAAAGCCAGGGUUGUUUUAUUCAAUAUAAUUAGACAUUACAAAUAAACUUCACUCUGUUCUUUAAAAGUAAAACAAAAAAAUAACUUACAAAUUGUAAGUUAAUGCAAAACAAAUCAUUAAGGCAGCAUAAUGAAAUAACUGUUACAUAACAGCCAUUACUUUACUCCUGAUAGCAUGAACCAUUUGACCUUGUAGUAGGUAAGGUAAACUGCAUAUAUUUUAUUUGUGAACCACUGCUCUAGAUUAACAGACAAUACAAUUUUAAAAAAUCACUUUUUCAAGUAAAAUGUCAAAUCCUUGGCAUCCAAUCAGUUUGAUAAUUGGUUUGAGUGUAACAUACUCAUGUUUUUCAGAAAUGAGUUCUUUAUGAGUGGAACUUCAACGUCUGCGCUGCGCCUUUAAGAGGAGCUCUGACAUUUUGUCGAAUGUGAUUGGUUGGCCGACUUCCGCAAUUUUUUCCAGUUAAGCAUGGCAGGAGAACCGUGGAACAGGGUAAACAUUGCCUUUCCCGGUGCUGUUUCUAGUGUUCGUGUACAUUUCAACUCAACUACAGAUGCAAGUGUUAAAGCCCUGUUGGUGGAAAAUGAGAAGGUGCUUAAGCUUCUUCGGAGUGAGAUGCUUCAAACGGAGGUACGAGUUCUCUACGAGCUGCUGUACAUCCUAAAUAACAGCUACAGAGGCAACAAGACGUUCAAAGGCUUAAAACAGGUUGAACAAUGCAUAAACAGGCUGAAGAACAUGAAGCUUGAUGUUGCUCUACAGGACCUGACAGAGCUGUGUCCCAACAGAAUUCAGAGAAGGCUGAGCGUCAACGCUGGUGAGUGUGAAGUCCCCAGUCAGCCCAUGCUGGAGUGGCUCUGUCUUAAAGUGCUGGGAGCCGCAAAGCUGAUGAGCUGCACGUUGAGUCGAUGCAGUAGAACUUUCUCACUAACAAAGCAGCAGAUGAAAUGGGAGGAGUUCAUCAUCUUGAAUAUGGUGAUAACUAGCAUGCUCAGUCGUCUCUGGGUAAUCUCCCGAGGGAUCCUGGUCAGCCUAACCACUCUGUACAAGCAGCUCCUGGAUCUCCUCAGACAUAUAGCCAAUGCCCAGCCCAUGCCCUACCUCACAGAAUUCUCCCUGCCAGCUGAUAUGGUUCAGUUCCUGGGUCCUUCUGAUGCCUUAUUACUGACCAAAGAGCUAGCAAAGGCCACAGAAAGCAAGAAGAAGAAGGAGCAGCUGAAGAGAGAGACAUCUUCUAUUAAAGUCAAGAAUAAGGGAGUGGCGUGGAAGGUUAAAGAAGAUGUGGGUGUUACUGUUGAAAGAGCCAUAGGUCUGGAUGCUGGCAUGAAGCCUUUUCUCAAGGUGUUCAGGGACUUUUCCAAGAACAAAUCCUUCCCACAGAAAACACACCAGGCCGACCAGAAACAAAAGUUCAAGAAACAAGUGAGAGGGGCUGCUACUUUCACAGACAUGGCGUCUCAUCUAGAAGAAAUGAUCCCAUGGUGUGAAUCCAAGAAGAUGGAAAAGGAAAAGCGUCUAUUAAACUUCCUGCAUCUAAAGUGCCAAAGAUUGAAAUGCCUAGAGGCAGCCGGUUACAAGGUCCAGAGGAGGUUGCGGACUUUCAGACAGGAAGCUUGCUGGGCUUUAUCUCCACAAGGGUCAGUGCCUAGAAGCUGUCGAUCUUGUGCUGCAACGCGGAGACACAACCGCCUGAGAACCCGUUUUCAGUCUCUCAGGAGUCAGUUUAAGUCUUCCACAUUGAAAACUGAUGUGAAGAAGACACAGCUUAAAAGACAAAGGAAGAGGACGGAGUCAUCACUGACAGGACUGUUAGUGGACGACCCAAAAAACAGGAGUAUUUGCGAUUCGUCCCCCACAUUACAGACCAGCGGCUGUGACGGUGAGGAUGACAUCGAUGACAUAUUUGCCUCUGUAGGUUUGUGACACUUUGGAAACAGACAUAUCCAAGAAAAAAAAGACAAUUGAGCUGACAUUAGUGAACACAUGCUUCUGUUUUUAAAAGAAAGAUGAUUUCAAGUGUAAUGAAGACUGAUGGUUGUAUGAAAGGUGCUCCACUGCAGCAGUUAAUUUAAAAGCAACUAAAAGGUAUAAAAAUGUUAUUUUGUAAUUGUAUCUUGGUUAGAACAGAAGGGGCAAACAGGAAACCGACCUUUUUAAUAAAGUGUUUUAUGAUAGAAAGCUUCACUUUUCAAUUUGACUAUUAGCCAUAUUACCAUUAUAUAUUUUACUUGAGAAACUUUCAUACUUCAGUGCAGGAAAAUGAAAAGAAUUUGGCACAGGUGCUACUAUUUUCAAAUGAAAACAAAAAUAUUCAUGGAACACUAUUUCUAUUUUCACGAUACAAAGACUGUCUGGACUAUAUUGAUUACCAUUCUAUUGUCACGUUUGUACAUUAAAAAUCAACUACAACUCAAGUAUUGCGUACAGCACUCUAAUCAAACUGUUCCAGAGAGUUUUCAGAAACAAAAAGUCUGACCUGAAUCGUUUUUUAAACCAUUCAUUGAUGUUUCAAUUGACUUAGGAUUUGCUUAAAGAAAAACGAAUGAACUUUGAGUGUUCCUGCACGCUGAAGCCAUAUUGUUAUGGCACUAAACCCCAAGUGUGGCUUAAUACCUCUUAGACAUUCAAUGCUCUACUGGUUACAUCACACUCUCGGUAGAAUACCAUAAUUACAGCUAUCAAGUGCACAUCUUGUUCCACCCUCUGAAGGCAGCUCUACAGUUUAAUAGCAUACCAUGUCUUAUGCACAAUGCAGUCAAUUUAAUGAACCAAGAAAUACUGCAAGUGUAUUUUAAUCUGUAAAAGCCAUAAAUGUUACACAUCCCAUAUUUUAAGGGCUUUUUAAGGGUAUUUCUGGCUCCACCUGGUGGAGUUGUUAAAUUCUAUCAGUGAUUGGUUCCAGACUAUUGAUUGCUGUCAGAGAAUAUGGAAUAAAUCUUUCAACUUUGAUUGUAAUGUCCUUGAAAUUACCAGCAUGAAAUUGCAGUGCUGUCAAUCUUCUAGAAGUAAAUGUGUGCCUGCAGAGACUGUGGGAGUAAACAGAGAACACACUGGCAGUGCUAUGUAUGUAGGCACAGUGGCUCCAGCUGUAUGCCUUUGAAGUCAUGUAUAAAAGCUGUGCAGGUGUGUCUUCUUUCACGUAGAAGCCAUGCAGGUGUCUGGCAGUCAGUUUGUACCCAGAAGUGCAGGCUGUGCACCAACCCCUUUGUUUUUUUCCUACCCACCAUCUUAUCAUCCUCUGCCAAAGAAGAGACACAGUACUUCCAUCUGCACAAAUACAACGGUGCAGCUUUCUUCCCCCACACUGAGCACUGGCUGAGUUGAGUUAUGGUCUCACGCAUCAGCCUGCAUAUCAUUCUGCAGAUUCCUGAUUCCUGUGCUUUCUGGGUUUCAUCUAAACCAGUUACUCAAGCUCAAUGUUUGCACUCUUUGGCAAUGAGGGGGAAAAAGCAGAGGAAAAUCCUUGUGUGUCUUCAUUCUGUAUGCACAGGCACAUAGGUGGCCAGACCUUUUUCUUGCUGUGAGGGGCUCUGUCAAAUGCAAAUUGAGUAUUCAUAUUUUUACACUUCAUAGGAGGUACAAUUGGAAAGGCACAAACAGGGACAAGCAAUUCUAACUUUAGUCAUUUUACCUCACAUGCAAUGUGCACACUUCUCUGUGUGUGUGCUAUAUUGAACCACCAGCAUUUUGUAGAUAAUUUCACCAACAACAAUUAAAAAGAACAUAUUCUAAUAUAUUGCAAAAUAUUUUCUAUUGUUAAAAACUAAAAGUACAUUAAAUCUAAAAUAAAUGUGGAAAAGAUGUAUGCCUUGAAAAGAAGGUUGUGGAUUUCUUUCAAUACAGGUUUACAUUUCAGAAAUACCAAAUAAACUGCAUAGCCUUUAUAAGCACUGAAUUUACAGCAAUUAAGAGAUCUUCAGUUUUGCAUUCUACAUACUUUCACCACUAUUCCUAUACAGUGUGGGUAUGUUUAUCACUGAACAGAAUGUUAGCUAUUUAGUGGUAAUUGUGUUAACUUUUACUGACUUUACUUUAGCCACUUGUAAACUGAUAAGAUGCUUAUCGAGAGGAUGUUAUCAUCAGGUAACAGAAAAGUGUUGACAUGGAGCUGUAAAUAAAGUCAACAUACUUCCUAAAACUAAUCAGCUGGACACGAAAUGAAAUACACUAUUGAUAGGCCAACUUCUGCAAUAGAUCCACUUGUUUUUUGUCUUUUAUUCAGCUGUACACCUGCAUCAUUAUCAGUCUUGGGCACCUUGUCUGUAUGCUUGAGUGGGUAAACCAUAGACCGAGAGAAAACCUGUCAGCAAGGAGGUAUUUAAUGGCAUAUCGUUUUGAUAGAUGAAUCCAAAUGGUUCGGUUCAGUGCUGGUAUUGAGCAUAGUUUUGUUGGAAAUUGGAGGUUCUCCAGGGAUUCUGCGAAGGCAGCAGUUAUGGCCCGCAGGCAUAAUAUGACCUGAAACAGGAGAGAGAAUAUGAAGGUCUGCUCUCCCGAUAUGCUGUUCUUCCAACUCAUUUACCUCUCACCUUAGCAGCGGGGAAAUAGAGCAGAUUACACAUAUGGCAUGGAACUAAAGGAUUCUCAAUAUCUAUACUCAGUGUAGAAAAUCAAUCACAUCAUUACCUCCUCAGAGACUAAAUACAAAAGCCUCGUGCAUCAAGCUGUAGAAGUGCUAUUCAUUACUCAGCCUGGUCUCCAGCAUCUCCAUGAUGGGAAAACAAGUAUAGACAACAACCUAGGUCGAAGUCCUCAUUAAGGCCUGAGGGGGACACUGAAUAACAGUGCAGCCUAUUUUAUAUCUUGUUAAGUGAAUGCCCUUCAUCUAUGGGGGCCCUUAAGCCAAGUGCUGUUAAUAGAUGUUUAUGUUUAAAAAUGGGUGAUUUAGUAUCUUGUGUACAUGAAGCAUACUUAUCCUCAGAUUUCCUUAUGAAGUGAAGUCUAAUGGAUGUUGUGCCUCCUUUUUUUUGUGUAUUCACACUCGCUGGGAAUAUAACAUGAAUAAUGGAUUAACACGUUGAAUCAUCAAGAGUGUUGUUUCUGCACAUUUUAAGUGUCCAAGAAAGUUUGUGAACCUCUAGAGCAUAACGUGCCCCUUCAUCAUUUUGAAACAUCUGUGCUCUUAUUCCCCUGAUGCAAUGAACUUGGAAAGAAAAUAAAGAGUGCACACUUUUA